GAAGGAAAGUGAGGUGUCACUAGAAAACAGGGUCUUUUCUUGUAAUCUAAUAGAUAUUAGUGUAUUUAUCAUACAGUUAUACAUAGAUACAAGAGAUGAAUUAGGGAAGGGUGUUUAAAAUAUCAAUAAAAAAGAAUUGUGUGCCUGUAGACUUGUAGAGUUAAGAAAUAUGGAAUAUUUUCUAACUGCUUUGGCAUUAUAUAAAUUAAAAUACUGGUAGUAUAUGCAGCAGGUACACUAACUGUGUAAGCCAGCACAGCCUAAUUUAAAGAGAAUUGUUUGAGAAAUGUAAUCACCUGGAUAAUUGAAGAAGGGAGUACAUGAUAAAUGACCAGAUGGAUGAAAAUAAGUCUUUGAUUACUUGCUGCUUGAUAAAAUGUAAUAAUAUUAAAAAAAAAAAAGAAACAAAAAUUUUGGGAAUGACAAGAGUAGUGAAUUAGUUGGCAUUGCCCUUUUUUUGAUAGAUUUGUGAGUAACCAUAAAACUGAUUUUUUAAAACAUAUAUCUUUAAAGAUAACUUCAGGUUUUUGUAAAUACAUUUUAUACUAUUGAAUUUAGAAACAAAUGUUGAAUUUCACUUGUCAUGGAGAAAAAAAUCAACUGGUUUCAACCUCUGAUUUAUAGUAAAUCAGUUUAAUUCAUUGUCUAAUUUUGCCAGUGAUCACAGCCUAAUAUAUUAAAACUAAGAAUCAAACAAAAUAAGAAUAUUCCAAAUUGUAUGUUAAUGUUUCCCUAAUUAAAAAUGCUUUACUGUAAUACUAGCUUUUCCGUUUAUACCUACUUUUCUGGAAAACUUUUAUGUUUAUGUAAGUCGUUGGAUUAUAUAAGGUGAAUUAAGUAAUUAAGCCUCUAGGUGAGUCUACUACUUACAUUUGAAUGUAAUAUUAACCAGUAUUUUAAGAUACUUUCUAAUUAUACAAAAUAUUUUUAGCAGUCAUUUUAAAAAACUGUGAAACUAUUUAAAACUCCAAUUUAGAAUAUUUUAAUAAGCAUUAGUUUUCUUAACACUUUGUUUUUAUACCUUGGUAAAAACAGUCACCUGAACACUAUUCUUAUGCAAACUAAGUAGUAACCUAAUUAAUUGGAACUUUACUUUUUUAGGAUUUCUAAUUGAGAAAAUAUUAGGCUUGUGACAUUGUCAAUUCUUAGUUGUCUUUUCUACCACUUUUCUCAAGGUCAAUUAUCUAAUAGGCCAGCAAGUGUAAUAAAAAUACUAUGCAGAAAAUGACAUGUAUUUUAGUAUUAUGCCACAUGUAAAUAUAAUAAAAAUUGUGUCAAUUUAACACUACGUGACUAUGAAACGGAAUGAAUUUUAGCAGUAGAAAAGGUAAUUAAUUUUUGCAUAGGUUUAAACUGUUUUUGUUUCAUUUUUAAAUUUUUGGGAUAAAUAUAUUGUCUCUGUAUCUUAAUUAUAUUCUUUUAUAGUGCUUUUGUUUAGUAAUUGAUAUAUGGUUGGCUAUAUUCUUGGAGAUUGUUUAAUGUCAAAACAGCUUAUAAAAAGUGAAAAUUCAGUCAGACUAGUUAUUCGAUAUUAUAUAAAGUCAAAACAGAACCUAAAACAUUUUUUAAUUAAGAAAAAAACCUUAAAUUUUAGUCAAAUAAGUUCAUGUGCAAAGUCACAUAGAAUAUAUGCAUUAAUGUAAAACCUUGAUUAACUUGGUGCUAGAAAUCUCAAAUUAAUAGUGUUUUUAGAGACUAUAAUCUUUAAUUGAAGAAAUCAGAUGUCAAGGAAAAAUGUUUACUUAAUAAUAAUUUAAGUAAAUAAGCUGCUAUGAAAAUUAUGCUUGGGAACUAGAAGAUUUAGCCCCAUAAAAUCAACACUUUUAAAAAAAUCAGCAGCAUAAUUUAGUCCAUUUUGGCAAUUCAAAAAUAAGGAUUGACAUAAUUUGUUUUCUUGAUUAUCCUGUUAACAGAAAUCUAGUGAACUACACUACUACCUUCAUAAGCAUUCCAGUUAGUCUAGGUUUUACCAUGUGUUGAUAUUGUGUAUCUGGCUUGUUUUAUUCAGCACUUAUUAUUGCAUUUUCCUUUUCACUUUUUAAACUAUGCUGUUUUAUUUUUCUGAGACCUCCAAUUUUACUGAGAGGGAAAAUGGAAAUGCAGUACAGAGCCCAAUUGUAUGAUGGCUCUAAAGGGUCUGCUUGGUGAGCUCAUUCUCUUACAACAGCAAAUUCAAGAGCAUGAAGACGAAGCGCGCAGAGCCGCUGGCCAAUAUAGCACGAGCUAUGCCCAACAGAAGCGCAAGGUGUCAGACAAAGAGAAAAUUGACCAACUUCAAGAAGAACUUCUGCACACUCAGUUAAAGUAUCAGAGAAUCUUGGAACGAUUAGAAAAGGAGAACAAAGAGUUGAGAAAAUUAGUAUUGCAGAAAGAUGACAAAGGCAUCCAUCAUAGAAAGCUUAAGAAGUCUUUGAUUGACAUGUAUUCUGAAGUACUCGAUGUUCUCUCUGAUUAUGAUGCCAGUUAUAAUACACAAGAUCAUCUCCCACGAGUUGUUGUAGUUGGAGAUCAGAGUGCUGGAAAAACCAGUGUGUUAGAAAUGAUUGCUCAAGCACGAAUAUUCCCUAGAGGAUCUGGGGAGAUGAUGACGCGUUCUCCAGUUAAGGUGACUCUGAGUGAAGGUCCUCAUCACGUGGCCUUAUUUAAAGAUAGUUCUCGAGAAUUUGAUCUUACCAAAGAGGAAGAUCUUGCAGCAUUAAGACAUGAAAUAGAACUCCGAAUGAGGAAAAAUGUGAAAGAAGGCUGUACAGUUAGCCCUGAGACCAUAUCCUUAAAUGUAAAAGGCCCUGGACUACAGAGGAUGGUGCUUGUUGACUUACCAGGUGUGAUUAAUACUGUGACAUCAGGCAUGGCUCCUGACACAAAGGAAACUAUUUUCAGUAUCAGCAAAGCUUAUAUGCAGAAUCCUAAUGCCAUCAUACUAUGUAUUCAAGAUGGAUCUGUAGAUGCGGAGCGCAGUAUUGUUACAGACUUGGUCAGUCAAAUGGAUCCUCAUGGAAGAAGAACCAUAUUUGUUUUGACCAAAGUAGACCUGGCAGAGAAAAAUGUAGCUAGCCCAAGCAGGAUUCAGCAGAUAAUUGAAGGAAAGCUCUUCCCAAUGAAAGCUCUAGGUUAUUUUGCUGUUGUGACAGGAAAAGGAAACAGCUCUGAAAGCAUUGAAGCCAUAAAAGAAUAUGAAGAAGAAUUUUUCCAGAAUUCAAAACUUCUAAAGACAAGCAUGCUAAAGGCACACCAAGUGACUACAAGAAAUUUAAGCCUUGCCGUAUCAGACUGCUUUUGGAAAAUGGUACGAGAGUCAGUUGAACAACAGGCUGAUAGUUUCAAAGCAACACGUUUUAACCUUGAAACUGAGUGGAAGAAUAACUAUCCUCGCCUGCGAGAACUUGACCGGAAUGAACUAUUUGAAAAGGCUAAAAAUGAAAUCCUCGAUGAAGUUAUCAGUCUGAGCCAGGUUACACCGAAACAUUGGGAGGAAAUCCUUCAGCAAUCUUUGUGGGAAAGAGUAUCCACUCAUGUGAUUGAAAACAUCUAUCUUCCCGCUGCACAGACCAUGAAUUCAGGAACUUUUAAUACUACAGUGGAUAUCAAGCUUAAACAGUGGACUGAUAAACAGCUCCCUAAUAAAGCAGUAGAGGUUGCUUGGGAGACCCUGCAAGAAGAAUUUUCUCGCUUCAUGACAGAACCCAAAGGGAAAGAGCAUGAUGAUAUAUUUGAUAAACUUAAAGAGGCUGUGAAGGAAGAAAGUAUUAAACGCCACAAGUGGAAUGACUUUGCAGAGGAUAGCUUGAGGGUUAUUCAGCACAAUGCUUUGGAAGACCGGUCCAUAUCUGAUAAACAGCAGUGGGAUGCAGCUAUUUAUUUUAUGGAAGAGGCUCUUCAAGCUCGUCUCCAGGACACUGAAAAUGCAAUUGAAAACAUGAUAGGCCCAGAUUGGAAAAAGAGGUGGUUAUACUGGCAGAAUCGGUCGCAAGAACAGUGUGUUCACAAUGAAACCAAGAAUGAAUUGGAGAAGAUGUUGAAAUGUAAUGAGGAACACCCAGCUUAUCUUGCAAGUGAUGAAAUAACCACAGUCCGGAAGAACCUUGAAUCCCGAGGAGUAGAAGUGGAUCCAAGCUUGAUUAAGGAUACUUGGCAUCAGGUUUAUAGAAGACAUUUUUUAAAAACAGCUCUAAACCAUUGUAACCUUUGUCGAAGAGGCUUUUAUUACUACCAAAGGCAUUUUGUAGAUUCUGAGUUGGAAUGCAAUGAUGUGGUCUUGUUUUGGCGAAUACAGCGCAUGCUUGCUAUCACGGCAAAUACUUUAAGGCAGCAACUUACAAACACUGAAGUUAGGCGAUUAGAGAAAAACGUUAAAGAGGUAUUGGAAGAUUUUGCUGAAGACGGUGAGAAGAAGGUUAAAUUGCUUACUGGUAAACGAGUUCAGCUGGCCGAAGACCUCAAGAAAGUUAGAGAAAUUCAAGAAAAACUUGAUGCUUUCAUUGAAGCUCUUCAUCAGGAGAAAUAAAUUGUAUUAUAAUCCUACUCAUAAUAUAAUCGCCUGUGCAUACAUCUGAAGAAAGAAAAUUUUAAAGUCUUUUGUCCUGCCUCUUUCUCUUCUGCUCUUCCACCUUUCCAAACAUACAAUAAAGUCAUGGGAUAAAAAUAAUUGAUGUGUGUUACAGGCACUUUGACCAUCAGCUGCCUUUUGAAUGGAAGAACAGUGGUAAUGGCAUUAACAUCCUAUUUUGUACUGAGGUGACAAAGUAGGAUAAUAUAAUUGGUAUGGCCAUUAGGUUCGGUCCUUGAAGAUAAACUUGCUCUCUGCUUGUUGUCUUAUUUGUGGUGGCACUAGUUUAAUUCAUUAAAUGAUGUUACUCAAUGUCAGUUUCUUUUCCAGAAAUACAAUGCUAGGUGUCUUGAAAUGAAACUUAUAGCACUUUUUUUUAAAGUUAUCAGUUGUAUAUAAAAUGAUAGUUAACCACUAAGUCAUUGUCUGUAUCUGUAAUAUUUUAUAUCCAGAACUAUUUGGCCAUGAUAAUUCAAUUUAUAUUCCCCACGUGAAAGAAAACUGGUUAACAGAAGAACCCCUCACAUAGGUUAAUUUGGAUUAUAACAAUUCAGUGUACACUUAGUGAAAGAAAUUUCAAGCCCUUAUUAACAGCUUAGAAAUUUGCCUUGGAAGCUAAGUCAGUGGCAGGUUACCUAUUUGAUUCAGUUAUUGUUUUUGUACUCUCUGUAUCCAUUUGAAAUUAAUUCAUUUUUGAUGUUGUAUACUUAAGUUAGGCUUUCUGUUAACAGUGGGUUUUUUUUUUCCUGUUGACAAAGCCAUUGGAUUAUGACACAGGAUGGGGAAGAUUAAAGAUAAUCAGUUGACUGAUUUCAUUUAAAAUAUUGUCAAACAUCUCAACUAGGCAUCAGGAAAAGGCUUCUUUCAUAAGACUAUUUUAAAUAAAAAUUAUUUCAACAAUUAGAAUAAUGUUUACCAUCCUCCUCUUAGCUGAAUAAAGAAAAAAUUUUAAGUUUAAUUUAUUGCAGUUCAAUUACAAUAAUACUCUCAUGUGUUUUAUAUAAACAUUUUUUAAUUGGCUAAUGGAGGUUAAAACAAAAAACAUGCCGUUUUUUACUUAAGAUGUCUAUCUCAUUUGCUGCCUUUUCAUUAAGCCUUUAUUAACAAAAAUGCCCAUUGUGUGACAGUUGUGACAGUUUUUAUUUUACAGUUUACAUAAUUUUAUAGUAUUCUCGGAAUUGUUUUUUGAUAACAAUGCCCUUGCUGUCCCCUCCCUUUUUUUUACAUCAAUACAUUCUUUAUUGUGACCCCUCAAGAUCUAACACUUGAUAUGUAAGUAAAGUUGGAGAAUAUCACACAAUAUCUCACAGGUAAUAUUUGUUUUAUACUGUUUGAUAAGAAAAGUAGAUCCACUUUUAAGCAGCUAGUAGCAGUAUACAUUAUUUGGUAGAUAGUAGUCAAGAACCUUUUAUAUUUCUUUCAGGUCUAGGGACAGUUAUGAACAGAAAGGGAAUCGAGCUCCAUAAUGUUCUAUACAAAGACUAGGAGGUGACCUCACAGGUUAAACCCUUCUAAAGCAGCGCUGGCAGGUAGGGAAACCCCCUCAUUGAUAGCAGACAUUAUGCAUGUUAAUGAACAUUUUUGCAGUUGUAAAACAUAACCUUUACAACUAUGCAUCUAUUUCUUAAGAAAAAAAGAAAUCAGACUAUUCCUGUGAACUAUAAAAGAAAAUGUCCACAGCUGUUUUUCUACAGAUGUCUCCCAAGGAUUAGUCAGUACUGUUAUCACACCUCUUUGUCUCAAUUUUAAAAAGAGGAGAAGGAGGAUCUUCAUUUCUUUGAGGAGAUCAGUAUUGUAACUUAUAUAAAUAGAUGGUAAAAAUUAAUAUUAUUAAAAAUCUUGUACAAGGGUCCUGAUGUUCUCCCCAUCCCCCUCAGUAAUAUGGCUCCUUUCAUGGGUUUUUUUUUUUCUUUUUUAACUGAUCUCAUACUAAGCAUGCUUUUUUUUUUCUUGAAAGCUAGGUAUUUAUUAAAUGCAGAUGUUAUUGAAAGGAAAAUAAAAUUCAGUCUCAACAGUAAGCCCUGUGUGUUGUGUCUGUAGUUCAAAAAUUAGAAAUGAUUCAAAUUUAAACAAAAAAGCAAUUUCAGAUAUUCCAUAUAUAGAAGUUAAAUUCUAACUAGACAAGAAAUCAUUUGUUUUUCAUGUUAGAAUUUGCAAAGACUGGAGUGGACAAAACUCUCUAUGGAAGAUUGAGCAAUUGUAAAUAGAUUAUAUCCAAAAUUAAAAAAAAAACAGUAUAUGUAGGCAAUGCACAAUAGGAAAUAAGUGGUUCUUGCUGCUUCACAGUUUAACCAACUAUGCUAUAAUUCCAAAAGGAGCAGUCACCCUUUCUAGCAGUUCAAUUAUACUGUCUGUUGUUUGUAUUAUCACUAUUUUCCAGGCUUUAUCCUGAUGGACUCCUUCCUACAAAUUAUUUAGCCUCCAAGUAAAUGCAAAUGAAUAGUGUAUAAAUAAGUAGGGAGCAUUGCUGGGAGUGGUGUUUCCUAACCUCACAAUUUAGGAAUUUUACAAAUGUUAAGAGAGUAUAGGUUUAAAAGAUAAAUUCUUUAACUAGUUAAUAAUUUUGCAUUUACUUAUUUCAGAUGUAUUUAUCUGAGAAAGAAUAUGGUAUUUUUGCUUUUGAAUGAAGGGGAUCAAAGUAAUGGUUUUUAUCUCAGUUCUCUAAGCUGGUAUGUGUUAUAGUUUCAGACACUUUAUCAGUAUGGAAAUGUGCUUUAAAAUAUGCUUUCGUUUUGAAUGAUCAUGGCUAUGUGUUAUUUAAAUAUUUAAAACUUGUUUUCACUUGUGCACUGUGAAUGAACUUUGUAUUAAAAAAAACUUUCACACUACAUGUAGAUAUUACUGCAACUUAUAUUUUGCCUGUGCUUGAUCUAAGGUCAUUUGUGUAGAUGAGUAAUUAAAAAAUAUUUAAAUCACAUUAUAAUUCUAUUACUGGAGAGCAUCUCUUAAAUUUUCUCUGUUUUAAUGAGGGAGAGAGGAAGAAACCUGUGUACCUAAGGUCAUUAUUUGACCCCACAGUAUAACCACACUCAUGGUCUAAUAAGCUCUUAAUGUGGCUCUUAUCUGAAUGCUUGAAUUUCACAUGCCUUGCAUUUCACAGUUGUAAUUCGUGGUCAACCAAUGCUUUUUUUCAUAUCCUGACACUUGUCAAAACAUUUUGGUAUUUUCUUUGGUAAAAUAUAUAAAAAAUGUUUUCUGAUU